AUGUGUGAUCAGCGGUCAUUCGUCGCAAGCUUCGCCGUUUGUAGCCGCUCGGAGGCCCGCCAAGGUCCCCGACAGCUUCAGGGAGCUGUGCGCCCCGGACACGUCUCACACAGACCACCAGGGAGCGUGUCUGUCACGACUUUUCUGCGCCGCCUCUCUGCGUCUCGCUCGUUCACUCUCGACUCUCGACUCUCGACUCUCGACCUCGACCUCGACCUCGACCUCGACCCCCGCCAAGACCCUCGACGCUCGCUCUCUCGCGACGAAGCACCCUGCUGCCUUGGUCCGGCCCCUGCCUUCGACAACCCCCCAGAGAUGAGCUCCACACCCCCCACCGGCGUGCCCACCAUGGCCGACGGGCCUCCCAGGCUCGAGAAGAAGCCCGUCAAGUUCAGCAACCUGCUGCUCGGUGCGGGUCUCAACCUGUUCGAAGUCACCACUCUGGGCCAGCCGCUGGAGGUCGUCAAGACCACCAUGGCUGCCAACAGGUCCGAGGGCAUGGCGGGCGCCAUCACCCGCAUCUGGGGCCGCGGUGGAGUCACUGGCUUCUACCAGGGCCUCAUCCCCUGGGCCUGGAUCGAAGCCUCCACAAAGGGCGCCGUCCUCCUCUUCGUCGCGUCCGAGGCCGAGUACUACGCAAAGUCGUUUGGCGCCCCCGACUUCCUCGCCGGCAUCUCGGGCGGCAUGACGGGCGGCCUGGCCCAGGCCUACGCCACCAUGGGCUUCUGCACCUGCAUGAAGACGGUCGAGAUCACAAAACACAAGGUCGCAGCCGCCGGCGGCAAGCCCCCGACCACCAUCGAGACCUUCAUGGGCAUCUGGCGUGCAGAGGGUCUCCGCGGUAUCAACCGCGGUGUCAACGCCGUCGCCGUGCGCCAGGUCACCAACUGGGGCUCCCGCUUCGGUCUGUCCCGCGUCGCCGAGACCGGCAUCCGCAGGGUCACCGGCAAGGAGGGCGGCGAGAAGCUCAACGUCAUCGAGAAGAUCACAGCUUCGGCCAUCGGCGGUGGCUUGAGCGCGUGGAACCAGCCCAUCGAGGUCAUCCGCGUCGAGCUGCAGUCCAAGACGGUCGACCCCAACCGCCCCAAGAACCUGAACGUUGCAUCGGCGGCGAGGUACAUCUACUCCAACAACGGCAUCAAGGGUCUUUACCGCGGCGUCACCCCCAGAAUCGGUCUUGGUAUCUGGCAGACUGUCUGCAUGGUUGCGCUUGGCGAUGUCGCAAAGGAGGCGGUCGAGAAGCUCACCGGCGACAAGGUGACCGCGAAGCACUAG